GUGAUGACAUCACAGCUCGAGGCAGGUCGAGUUACUGUAGUUCGGUUUCUUCUUCCUUGUUCUUUCCCUUCAGUCACCUACCGGCCCGGGCGACCCAAAGCAAAGCAGAUAGACAUAAUGUCCCAUCAAACGGGCAUACAAGCUGCGGAGGAAGUGAAAGACAUCUUUGCUAAGGCGAGGAACGGAGCCUAUCGCCUGCUGAAGGUCGUCAUUGAGAUGGAGACUCUGGUGCUGGGAGGCACCAAGCAUGCGUCUAAGAAGUGGGACCAGGAGUAUGAUGCCUAUGUGCUGCCUCUCCUACAGGAGGACAUGCCUUCCUAUCUCCUGUACAGGCUGGACUCUACUAACAACCAGGGAUAUGAGUGGAUCUUCCUGGCCUGGUCACCUGACCGCUCACCUGUUAGACAGAAGAUGUUAUAUGCUGCUACAAGAGCUACACUGAAGAAGGAGUUUGGGGGUGGACACAUUAAAGAUGAAAUAUUUGGCACAGUGGAGGAUGAUGUGUCGCUGAGUGGGUACAGGAAGUACCUGAUAGCACAGGCUGCUCCACAACCACUGACUGCUGCUGAGGAGGAGCUGAGGCAGAUCAAACUGAGUGAGGUACAGACAGACAUCAGUGUGGACACUAAGCAACAGACUCUGACGGGCGUGGCCUUCCCUAUGCAGCGAGACGCCAUCCAGGCUCUGGAACAGUUCAGAGAGAAGAAGAUCAACUACGUACAGCUGGAGAUAGAUUUUAGGAAUGAGUGUAUCAAGCUGUCCAGCACCACUCCUACAGAACUGAAGGAUCUGCCCAAGAGGAUCCCCAAGGAUGCAGCCCGAUACCACUUCUUCCUGUACAAGCAUUCCCACGAGGGAGACUACCUCGAGUCUACAGUGUUCAUCUACUCCAUGCCGGGGUAUAAAUGUAGCAUCAGAGAGAGGAUGCUCUACUCCAGCUGUAAGAACCCUCUCAUCGAUACUGUGGAGAGCAACCUGCACAUCCAGAUAGCCAAAAAGCUGGAGAUUGAUAACGGUGAUGAGCUCACCGCAGAAUUCAUGUACGAAGAGGUCCACCCUAAGCAGCACGCACACAAGCAGGCCUUUCCCAAACCUAAAGGUCCCGCGGGGAAGAAAGGGGGGCGCCGGAUCACUAGACCACCAGGGGAUGGCGAAGAAGACUAAUAAAACACCCCUCCAUUUUAGUCCACAAUGGAACAUUCCACUUAGUAUAUAAGAACCCUUUAUCUGGUUGACUCCCAAAUGGCCCCCCUAUUCACUUUAUAGUGCACUACUGUUGACUAGGGCCUAUAGGGGUCUGGUUAAAAGGAGUGCACUAUAUAGGGGAUAGGGUUCCAUGUAAGACAUAGACCAUUGACAUGAAUCCCUCCUAAUGCCCUUUAACCUCAUAGACAACCAGCCUGUAGACUAUAUGAACUAUGCACACACAGACCACCACACUAAUAUAAGCCAUGACACUCAAACCUGUGAACUUACUUACAUUAGUAGCUUGUUAUUUAGACAGACAGUCGGUGCUGUGUUUUCAUGAUGAUAAGAGAGAGAGAGCCAACAUUUCCCUUUAGAGCUAUAAUAGCUAAUGUUUUUUUAUUUCUCAUAUUAUUUGACAAUAUUUUUAAAAUAUAUGGUUCCCAAUCCUGGUUCUGGAGAGCUGGAUGUGUUUUUAAGAUAUAUGGUUCCCAAUCCUGGUUCUGGAGGUCCUGGAGAGCUAGAGGUUCUGGAGGUCCUGGAGAGCUAGAGGUUCUGGAGGUCCUGGAGAGCUAGAGGUUCUGGAGGUCCUGGAGAGCUAGAGGUUCUGGAGAGCUAGAGGUUCUGGAGGUCCUGGAGAGCUAGAGGUUCUGGAGGUGUGUGAGAGGAAAGACCUUGUGAUUUUUCUAGUGAGCAUGUGAUACUGAUCUGAACACUUCACCUUGUUGUUAGUGCUGAUUCAAUGCCGACAAUGUUGUAGCAAUUCUAUAAUGCCUUGUGUAAAGUCAAUCAAUAGAGAAUGUUGUUCCACAACCGCUAGCCCUUCAGGAUCAGAGUUGAGGACUGGGUCCUAUUCAUGUGACACUAAAUGGAGAAAACAGAGAGGGACCACCUAGACUUGUCCAAUAAGAAUAGCUUGUUUUCGCUUUCCGUUGAUAAAUGUUUGAAAACGUUUAGCUAUGCUGUGCCUAAUGAAUAGGACCAUGCUGAUGUAGAAUCUUGAAUUGGGAGAGAAGAGAGGCCAUGUGUGGGUCUGUGGAUGUUGUUAAGAAGCCUACAUUUUACUCUAUGCAUCUCAUUUGUACUACCACUACCAUAUCCAUAACAACUAUAUGAUUACAUGUCAGUCCAAAAUCUAGUUAGUGAUUUCUCUUUCCAUGUUCUUUUACUGAAGAAUGAAAAAUCUUAUAGAAAGUAUUUUUCUAGGUCCGUGAUGUACUGUAUGUGUGUGUGGUGUUCUGCGACUGAGAGGUCACAUUCUGAAUCGGUUGAAUGGCAACCGUUAUCUGUUUGUCGGUCUGUGUGAGAGAGAGAGUGCCUGUGUGCGUCCGGAAUGGCACCCUAUUCCCUAUAUAGUACACUACUUUUGACCGGAGCCCAUCAGAAUAGGCACCCUAUUCCCUAUAUAGUGCACUACUUUUGAC